AUGGAUGCAGGACUGCAGGCAGUGGCUGAGCUCGCCAGUGCCGAGUUAGUCAAGGUCGUCCACUUUGUCCGCCAUGCCCAGUCGGUCUACAAUGCGGCGCAGCAUUCGCCAGAGCCGCAUGAUCCCAUGGUCCACGAUGCACCGCUGACUGAGCACGGUCAGGCGCAAGCGACCGCCGCAGCAAAUGCUGAUCUGGCUGCUAUUGCCCCACCGCCGCUCAUCAUCGUCUCGCCGCUCUCGCGCGCCAUUCAGACAGCGCUGCUGGUCUUCCCGGACGCGCCCAUCGUCGCCACACGUCCGGCGCACCCGAACUGGGCCCACACUCGAGUGGUGCUCAAUGAUCUCGGCCGCGAAGCUGUCUCGGGCUCGGAUGACAUCGGAUCGCCGCCUCAUCUCCUUGCUGCUGCAUUUCCGGGCCUCGAUACCUCGUCGCUGCCUGGCCCGGUCUGGUGGUACACCGGGCCUGACGCAGACGACGGUGACGAUUGGGAAGCUUCGCGAGAGCGGUACCUAGCUGCUCCCUACGACGAGCCCGACGCGGUCUUUGCUUCUCGGAUGGAUGCUUGGCUGGCGUGGAUGAUGGACCAACCUGAGCCUGUCGCUGCCUCGGUCUCGCACUACCACGUCAUCUUCCAUCUCACGGGCUACUCGCUCGGCAACGCCCAGCUGCGGUCGACACUCGCGCUGGCCCGAGCGGGCAUGGCUUGCCCCCUCCGGCUUGUUGUCCGCCUUACCGAAGCUGACGAUAUCUUCGGCGGCAAGGCGGUUGCCUGGGCGCAUGUGCGCGGCGAGCUCUUCCUGGCGACCGGGCCGUAUCCGUGCGCCGCGCUUGAUGGGCUUCUGGAUGCGCUCGAGGCUGCUGACCCGCCUGCCGCCGCGUUGAUUACGAGUGCGGAGCGCGAGACUCUCAUUCUGCGGCUCGAGCCCGAGCCAUCGUACUCCGAGUCGGACUCGGACGAGUAGCCAGCGCGUUUACGCGCUCUGCAAGAACGAGGCGUACUCGUCGAUGUCGUAGUUGUACACCACCUUGCCGCCGUAGUCAACCUCAAGCUCGGAUGGCUCGAUGACCUCAGCGAUGGGUGCGUAGUCGGAACCGAGGAACGAGACCUUGGCCACGGUGUUCUUGUCGAUGAACGGGCGGACGGCACCCCAGAAGAUGUUGAAGA